AUGGAGGCAACUCUUGAAAACAUCGCCGAGUUGCUGAAGAAUGAUAUCAAAGUCAAAGUUGCCGGAGUAGAUGCGGAUGGUAUCCUCCGCGGUAAGAUCAUGGCAAAAGAAAAGUUCCUAUCCAGCGUCGAGUCUGGCUUUGGGUUCAGCUCUGCCGUCUUUGGUUGGGACAUGCACGAUGCUUUGUUCACAAAUGGCGUCGGAAUGUCAUCCGAAGGUGGUGGCUAUGCCGACUUUACCGCAGUCCCAGACUUGACAAGCUAUCGCAGGAUACCUUGGGAAAACAACAUCCCUUUCUUUUUGCUUCAUUUCUUGUCCCAAAACAAGCCGGUUGUUGCUUGUCCUCGAGGGAUGACCAAGUCAAUCGCGAAAAAGCUGGGUCAAGAAAACUUUAAGGCUUGGGCUGGAGUCGAGCUUGAGUUUGUGAAUUUCCAAACACCAACUGAGGACGGGUAUGGCCCAGAGAGCAGCCGACCAAACUUGGCCAAAUUCUUAGUGAAUAAUUCGCCAAAGGCGUUGAGGCCGCUAACGGAAGGAAUGUUCGGUUACAGCAUCACGCGGCCAAUUGCAUCAAAAGAUUACUUCCACGACGUGUUUGACUCAAGCGCAGAAUUCGGCUGCAACGUGGAAGGAUGGCAUACUGAGAGUGGCCCUGGAGUUUUCGAAGCAGCCUUGAUAGUCCGUGAAGUCGGCGAAAUGGCGGAUAGGGCCAGUCUUUUUAAGCUACUGACCAAAUCAAUUGGUAUUGGUCAUGGUGUCACGCCGUGUUUUAUGGCGAAACCCUUGCAGGGAAUGCCUGGAAACUCUGGGCAUAUUCACGUCUCACUGACCGAUGAUGCCGGGAAGAACCUCUUUGCCCGAGAGCAGCGUAACCCUUCUGCACGAUGGCCUGACGUGGAGCACUUGUCAGAUGUUGGUUACCACUUUCUAGCGGGUGUGCUAGAUGCGCUACCCGACAUCAUGCCAAUGCUGGCUCCGACCAUCAACUCAUACAAGCGGUUUGUCGAGAACUUCUGGGCGCCAGUUGCAAUCACUUGGGGAAAUGAGGACCGCCUAUCUUCCAUCCGUCUCAUCACUCCGCCAGUCUGCAAACCGAGCGCCGUGCGACUGGAGAUUCGCAUUCCUGGGGCCGAUUUACACCCACAUUAUGCCCUGAGUGCACUCUUUGGUGCAGGACUGCGUGGAAUCCAGAAGAAACUUGAGAUCACAGUGCCGCCAUCUUCAGCGAGGACCGUCGGGGACGGCAAGCCGACUCUCUUAGCGAACACCUUGGAGAAGGCAGUGGAGAGAUUCGCAGCCCCGGCGAGCGUGGCACGUGAGAUAUUCGAGGAGGGCUUUGUGGAUUUUUACACCGCCACGAGACAGCACGAGCUUCGACUCUGGAGAGAGGCUGUGACUGAUUGGGAAUUCAAUCGAUACAUUGAGACUGUGUAG